AUGGAGUCACACAUCACUGCUUCGGAUCCCGGGCCACCUCCCAGCCUCAGUGCCUCCCCACCCUUGUCAGCUGAGUUGACUGAAGUCUUGCCUCACUCGGAACGAAAUGCCAAGGACUCGGGUCUUAAACAAGCUCCCCUUGUCCUUCGCUGGUCAUUUGAGCAUCUACUGCAGGCUUCCUGGCAUGCUCCAGGCUCUCCUGCUGGCCCUGGCUUGGGAUCCUCCUUCUGCCUCCCAGUGCCUCCCACUUCCUGUCUCUCCAACUGUCUCGAGGAAAAUGCAAGCCUUCUGUGCUCAGCACAGGCAUGUCCAUCAAAGUGCAGCUCGCAGACGGGAACAUCAUCUUGGCAUUCGGGCACGGUGCUCCACCCAACCCAUGGGAGGUCUCCAUUAAUGGCACCAGGACACAUAUCUAACACAGGAACAAAAUAUUUGAAGCCAGGCAUUCAGGAUAUCUGCACACUUGACCUGGAGAAUUUCUUUGUUGGAUACCACCUGCAGAGCCUCUGUGUGCCUCUGGGAGAACUGCGCCUGGAGUCUCCUCUGCCGAGGGUAGAUGCCACCCCCAGGUGCAGGUGGCACCAGUACUUGCUGCUCCUUUAUGCCCAUUUCUCCCUGUUGGUUCAUGCCAGCAUCAUGCGUGUUCCCUCUCCUAGUCUUGCUGCUAGACACACAUGUUUCUGGACCCUCCUGCCAUUCUUUCUCCUUGGCACCUGGCACUGCCACCAAAGGGCAUCUCAGAGUCCAGAAGCGCCAAGGGUAGGCAUUCGCCUCAGGAAUAGGUUUGCUAUGCUGUCUGUGGAGCUGUGUUCUGAUUCCAUGAAAUGGGAUCCUUUGUAACAAUGCAGGUAGAAAUAGGCCAUGAAUCUGAAGGAGAGUGGAGGGGGGAUUGCGGGAGGUUUUAGAUGUAAAAAAUGGAAAGGAAAAAAUGUAAUUAAAUUAUAAUCUCAAA